AUGUCACAAGUAAAGACAUCCAUCAAAUGUACUGGUGGAGGGCCUAAACCUCUUAGCCCUGACCCGGAAACCAUUGACAUUUUGAGCAUGAUUUCACAGGAAUUUGAGACGGAUUUCAAUGUCUUCGACAGUGACACCAUAACACAUCCAGAGGUUCAAAGUCAGGAGAAGUCCUCGGUUAAUACAAUAACACAAGAGUAUGUUAUCACUCCAGGAGAUAAUAAUGAUAAUGUGCAAGAGAAUAUUACACCACUACCUUUCAAGAUGCAAAAUGAAAAAGAUAGAAUGAAAUGGAAAUUAUCAUUCAAUCGUAUGAAUGAUAAUAUACACACAACCAAACUUGAGGAUAGAGACUUAACCAGAUAG